UCAUUAUGUCUAUAUUGUCUAUAAUCGCCAUGAUCUGCCUCUCACAGGCAUCGCUUGUCUCGAGAACUUGCUUCUGGUCAUCUGAAAUGGCUGUACCUUCAAGAAGCUGAUGGGUGAACCGAAUCCCGUUCAAGUUAUUAUCUCUCAAUGGAAAGACAACGAUGGUGGUCAAAGGAUAUCCGGCUUCUUGCCUGCUGCGAUGGGUUACUUCUGAUUUGCUACGCGGAAGAAACUCAUUAUCAAUUGCUGAUCUGCAACCCAAUCACGGGAUCACACACAAGGCUGCCAAUAUUUCGACCAUCGAACAUUCAAGACUUUCGCCUCCGGAUUGCCACGAUACCCUAUGAGUGGGCCAUAGUUCGCAGUGCUUCCAUUGGACAGUACAAGGUCUUUGCUAUAGAGAAGUUGUGCCUGUCACAAAGGAAGUGCUACGUAUUCGAGCUGCCAAGAGGCAGAAGAAGGCCCUUCGAGCAUGACUGGAAGGAGCUCGAGGUGCCUCUGCCUAAGAGGUGGUUGAUCGAAGCGAGCACCACAGUAAGAGGGAAAGUUUGUUGGCUAUCAACAAAGCUGGACGGAGAGGAUUAUCAUCAGACGGUAAAACUACUGUCAAUCGACAUCUUGAAUGAGGAAUUCCGGACUACGGUUUCUGUAAGGACAUUGUGGCCACUGGGACAUUACUUUGCAUCGAGUGGGACAUUUUACUGCACGCAACAGUGGGAUGGUCAGCUGAGGCUGUGGAUCCUGGAUAACUUCGAUGACCCAACAUGGGUCGAGCAUAGGGGCAUCCACUCCCCUGAUCAUCCUGUGCCAUUGGAACAUGCUGUGGUGCUAGGGGGUGCUAAGUUGAUUAUGGGUUUCAAUUGCCUCACGUUUAUGUUCGACAUGAUCUCCAAGGAGUUUAAGCCGGUCGGGUUGGGUUCUGAUUGUUCAUUAAUUUCGAGCGCAAAGAAAGCCCUUCCUUUUGUCAGUAGUCUAGUGUCAUGUGGCUGACCAAUGAGUUUAGUGCAACUGUUACGUUCGUUUCACAUCAUACUUUUACGAUGCAAUAUCCACUGAUCGACUUAAUCUUCUUUCUGUCCA